UUUUUUUUUUUUUUUUUUUUUUUUUUUUUUUUUUUUUUUACGAUUUCGACUUCAAAUCUUCCUCUUUGCUCCUUCAGUAUUCGAAUUGGCCGAAUUACUCCUUACUUUGUUCAAUCCGUGUUCGAAAUCUGCGAAGAAAUCUGCAAAUUACGGUAAUUUGAUUACCAUGUCUUAUUAUGCGAUUUACAGUAUGUACUUAUACCAUUAAUGCUUCAUAAUUUGAAUCAUCAUUCGAUUUACAGUACUUAUACCACUAUUGCUUCAUAAUUUGAAUUAUCUAAUCUUUUUGUUCAAUUUGUAAGAAUUAAAAUUGUUCAACUUUGAAGCCCAUUCACGAUGUCCCCUAGUAAUUUUUUUUAGUUGCAUUAUUUUUCCAAAACAAAAGUUUCAAAUUAGUUGCAUUACUUUUCUUUUUAGUUAUAUAGUUUAAAACCAUUUUUUUUACUCUCUAAAUCAUUCUUAUCUCCAAAAUUACUUGAGUAAUGCAAUUUAAAAAAGGCUAGGUCUAUUCAAGAAAAAAAAAAAAAAAAUUUAGGCUACUGUAUUAUUGGACCACAACCUUGACAAAGACUUUUAUUUGACGGACAUUUCAAAGUCUUAUUAUCAUUUACUAGAUUCACUAUUGAGUAUUGACUGUUGCUGAUAGACUGAUAUAAGUGAUAGGCCAAGUGCAUUAGCCUUGUUGUUAUAUAAAGUUGACACAAAUUGUUUAGGGUAAAUUCUCCGCCGCGUUUACAUAUUUUUUUCCUCUUUAGAUCUGUUCUUCGACUAACUAAUAUGCUACAAAAAUGAUUUUUUCUAUUUGCUACCAAAUUAUGAGAGAUAUAAUGCUACAACAAUGUAGCGUUUGCUUCAGGUUUUUGACGAUGUUAUCAUCGCCUUUUGGAUCUAAUUGUGUUGAUGCUAUUUCAAAUUCGACCAUGGUUUCCCUGUCUAAAUCAUCAAUUAUUUCGCCCCAUAAUAAGGGAGUCUAUUGAAAAGGAGCCUGCUGCCGAUGUUGGUUCAUCAGGUGCUAUUGCUGAUGUUGUUUCAGCAAGGCCUGCUGCUAAUGUUGGUUCACAGGGCCUGGUGUUGGUUCAUCAGAGGUAUUAGUUGGUACUAAGGUUAAAGGUAAAAAGGUUGAAAAAGGAUUAAAAGAAAAACAAAAGAUUAAGCUGGAGGAGACGAAAUCCAGCAAUGAAGGGGAAGAUUUGAAGUCUCAUGUUUAUGGGAUAUUACAUAGUCGGAUGUCCCCUUCAUCCAUAGUUCAAGUUAUUGAAAAAUGUUCAGAAAAUCAGUUGAAAGCUAUUAGAGCAAUAGGAUUCGGGUGUAUGGAGUUCUUGAAGGUGACCCAACUGCCUUUGUUGCUGGCUUUAUGGUUGGCGCAUCACUUUGAUGCUAACACAUGCUCUUUAAACAUUCCAGAUUCUGAACCUUUUUGUAUCACUGAAGAGCAUGUGCAUCAAGUACUUGGCUGCCAAUGGGUGGCAUAGAAAUUGACAAAAAUAAUUUUUCCAGAGAUAAGAAAGUGAUUCAGCAAUGGAAGAAGCAAUUCAAUAGCAACUCACUCUCUAUCAAAAUAGGGGAGCUGAAAGAGUUUCUGAAAGAGCAUAACUCAGCUGGUCUUAUGUUCAAAAGGAACUUUGUAGUGCUAUGCGUUUCUACAUUGAUGGAUGGUAAACUUUUUAUUUUUAUUUUGCUUAUUUUUAGUUAUAGUUAGCACUUAGCAGUUGUGUGCUAUAUAUAGCAAUUAUAUUAUCUAAGUUGUUGGUCAUAUAUGUAUAGAAUCAGUUACUUGAAUCUAUACAUCAUUAGAUAGAGACUAUUGACACUUUCAGAAUAAGAUAUAUAUAUAUGUAUUUAUCUUUUGUUCUAUUUAUUUAUAUUUUGAUGGAUUAUUGUUGUUAGUCAAUGAUGAGAUGGGUGAAAAAAUUUGGAAUAGGAUUUGGUACAUACUUCAUAUUAACAUACUUGUCAAAAAAUUUCAAGUUAUAUUAUAAAUUAGUUAUAUCAUCAGGAAAAGGUGGAGAGUCAACAUCAUGGUUUAAAUUUUAUAGGAGUUUGCUAAUUUUCAAUUUUGUUUGCUUAUUUAUAUUAUAUUUUGUUCAUUUAAAUUUCCUUUUGCUCAUUUUUCUUUUGUUUUGCUCAUUUUUUUUUCAGGGAAACAAAAUGUGAAUAUCAAUUCUGAUAUUCUCACAUUUCUUUCUGAUGUUGAUAAAAUAAAGGACUUGAAUUGGUGCAAGUAUAUCCUUGAUUCACUUGUGAAGGCCAAGCUUUUCUGGGAAGAACGUCAAACUCGUUCUUUUCCUGGAUCUAACUGUUUCUUAUGCUUUUAUACGUUGAUCAGUUUGUCAUUGAGGAAGUUAGAGCCAAACGAGAAACUUCAGUUCUCAAAGGUUGGACAACCAAUAUGUUGUCAAGUCGUGAGAAAUUGGAAAUUUUUAAGGGAGGCUUGGAGUUUUUUAUAAAAACUAGAAGCUUGUUGGUCCUUCUGGCACCAAACAACCAAAACUGAAAUGCCUUAUGGAGCUUGCAACAGCAUCUACAAAUCUAGUCUUGGCAUACAUGGAUUUCAGUGAAAAACAUGAAACUGCUGUUAAGUAUUUUCCAAACAAUGAGAAGAUUCAAAAGCUGAAGGAAGAUGCAAUGACUGUUUGUGAUGAGCAGAAGUUUAGCCAAGAUGAACAGUAUUGGCAAGAUCCAGCUGUAAUUGAAGCUUGGGAUAGGUUUUCGAAGAUUUCAGGCAAUGACAAGAAUGCUGAAUCUACAAUUUAUGCUAGGGUUGAAUCAGAACCAAUUGAUAUUACUAAGAUUGCUGCUGAAUGUGUUGACAUAGCAAGUGGUAUACCUGAUGUUGAAGAUCCAUCUGUUAUCAUACAGCCUAAGGUUGCUGAACAUGUAUUUAAAAAACUUGGAGAGUCAAGUACGAGAUAUAGUUUAAGAAGUUCAGUUGCCAAAGGAUGUGGAACUCCUUCAUUCAACUUAGGAAUCUCUUCUCAAGAUGAUUCUCAGGAGAAGUCCCCCAGCAUUGCACCUACUGAUGAACCUGUAGUUGCUCCUGUGAGUGCACAAGUUGGUGCUUUUAAAUCAGUUGAUGAUGCUGAUGCUGUGAAUGCUCAAGAAGACCCAAUUGCGCUUAAGAGAAAAGGAGAUGCUGAAAAUGAGAGUUGUAUUCCAAAGAAGCGUAAAGUGCAACCAUCGUUGCAAAUAAGAUCUCCUUUUAAGUCUCGGAUUAUCAACAUAUAUACACCAUUAACAGCAGUUCAGAAAGGUGUUAUGGAUUCAUUUUUUCAUGAGAAGAAAAAUCGUUUUGAUGCAGGGUUUUUAUGCAAGGGUUUUUAUGCAAGGGUGAGCCUGAUAAUGAAGUAAUGCUAUUUCAACUUGAAAUGCUAAAAACUCAGAGCAAAAUUCAUGGCAAUAUCAUUAAUGCAUGGUCUACUGUUCUGAAUUUUAAUGAGCAAUAUAAAGAUGUCAAUUCUUGUGGACGUUUCUUUUUUGGUCUUAAUGCUGUUGAUUGCCUUUUUCAAUACGAAAGUGAUCGUGCUCAAGAAAGGAAUAAAAUGUUUUGUGAGGUUGUGGAGUUGGAAUUCAGCAAAACAAUCAUCCCAAAGAAAGAUAUUGAGCUUUUCUUUUUCCCGGUAUUUGAAAAGGAUCAUUAUUAUCUGGUAUGUUUUAACACCACCACAGACUGUGGUACAAUUGAGGUUAUUGAUUACAGUGAAGGUCCUAGAGAAAAUAAGAAAUUGCUUAAAAAUCUGGUAUGUCUUCUGCCACUUCUUCUUCAUCAUUAAUAUCCACAUUGAUGCCUGCCAUGUUGUUACCAGAUUCUUUAUUCAUGUCUCCUCUCAUUAUAUCACUGGUACCUUAACCCUUUCAGAGGAUUCUCCUCUGAAUUUCUUCUUUCUCCCAUAACAAGAAAAUACACACACACACUCACGGCAGAGACACACACACACACAUACACAGGCGCACACACACACACACAUGCAUACACACACACAUACACACACGCACACAUACACACACACACACAAGCAAAGUCUUAAAUAGCUUCCUGUUAGUCUCUGACCUCACUUUGAAUCUAUUCAUGGUCAGCUUGAUUCUUUCGGGAUAUAUGACAUGUAAAACUUUUCUAGAGGAUACUUGCAAAACUCUGUGAUUUAUUUUUCUACAUAAUGUGCAUCUCUGCAUUUGAACAAUGUGUUUGAGAGUUUCUGAUUGUAUACAGGCACACACACACAUACACAGGCGCACACAAACACACACACACACACACAAAUACACACACACACGCAUACACACACACAUACACACACGCACACAUACACAUACACACACACACACACACACAAGCACACAUACAACCUGUAAUAGAAUCUGAAAUCAGAUUCUGAAAUUAGUUUUUGGAAUCAGAAUUGUGUAAUGUGUGGGUAGGUUUGUGUGGGUAGGUGGCAGUAAUGGCUCAAGAUUUUGUUAGAUUAUUUUAGAAAAAUGAUUUGAGUUUAGUUGUUUAUCUUGAUCUUGUUCUGCUUGUUCUAACUAUAUUUGUUCCACCUGUUUUUGUUCUUAUUUUAACUUAUUUGUUCAUUUUCAGAAAAGUGCAUUUUCAUAUUUCAUGAAUGGUGAAGGAAGUAUACAAAGUGUUGUUUUGUCAAAACAAAUCAAGUCUAUGGAGUCUGUUGUGGUUGAUUUACCUUGGAAGUCUUCAGAUGAUUAUCAUUUGCAUUGCGGUGUUGUAAUGAUGAGGCAUAUGGAAACAUAUAUGGGUUUGCAAAAGUGGAAUUCAGGUUUAAAGAAAAAUAAUACAUAAUCAUUGACAAACUUCGUUUGAAGUAUACCCUCUCAAUUAUUUCAAGUGAAGUAAAUACUGUUAAACCUGUUAAACAAGUUGUCCAAAAG